CAGUAGAGUAAUACAAUGACAGUACAAACAAGGAAAUCUUACUUUUGAUUUCUGUCAUCUGAUUAUCAUUGGAGGCUCUGAUUUCUGUCAUCUGAUUAUCAUAGGAGGGGAAACUUAGCCAAAGUUGUUGUCUUUUUUGUAAUUUUGAUUAGUGUUGUUCAAAUGGCUUCCAUUGUUGCAAGCUUGUUGCCACCAUUGCUGCUCCCAUCUAGAAAUUCACAGCCAGGAACCUUCCCAACUUUCCCUGUUUCUCUUCUUUCAGGGAGACGGAGUAAUGUUUCUUUGGUUGUGAAGGCUUCUGGGGAAAGUUCUGAAUCUGCAACUUCCCUUACUGUUUUUAAGUCCGUACAGAAUGUUUGGGAUCAACCUGAAGACCGUCUGGGACUUUUUGGGUUGGGAUUUGCAGCUGUAGCAGCGUUUUGGGCGUCAACAAAUUUGGUUGCGGCCAUUGACAAAUUACCACUUUUCCCAGCUGUAUUUGAACUAAUUGGAAUAUUUUACUCUGUGUGGUUUACUUAUCGCUAUCUCGUAUUCAAGCCUGACCGGGAAGAGCUUUUUCAAAUCUUGAACAAGUCAGCAACAGAUAUCUUGGGCCAGUAAAAUGUGCUACCAAAAUGCUAUGCUAGAUUGGGAGGAAAAGCUGGUUAAGGAGAGGGAGGGGAAAGAGGGAUUUGACUGUCAUCACUCCUAUGCAAACUUCAAUGCAAGGAUUAACUAUAUGUUUAAAGAUCAGUACAUUAUUACAUCAAUGAAUUAAAGCUUACUUUUUUGUGCUGGGUUA